GCUGUGAUUCUUCUCCUCAGUGUGAUGUUUGUGGAGCCUGAUUUAGCUGGGUUUUAAGGAUAUAUCUGAAUGAUGAUUGGUGCACACCGCCGAGAACAGUCACAGUCUGCCUGAAUCACCACCUACAGUAAGUUACUAUCAGGAAUCUGAUUAAUUACAGAAAGAGAGAAGGAAAAGAGAGAGAUCAAGGGUGCUUUCACACUUGGUUCGAUUGCCAAAAAGACAAACCCUCAAGUAAACUGAGACCUUGUACAGAAGUUUGAUAAAUAUUUGCUCACCAUAUACAUUUUUUCGAGCACUGAGCACUUUAAAAGACGAGAUGCAAGAGGACCAUAAUAAUCCUAGCCAUUGUUGAUAAAGAAAAUGAUUAUAUUGUGAAAAUAAAGCAAUGUGGUUAAAACAGACAUUUUUUCCUAAACAUUACUGGCACAUCCUCUCUUUUGUACUGUAGCUUUAUUUUCCUGUAUGUUAUUUGUCUUCACCAUUAGAGGGCGUCAAAAAGACAGAAAACUGUGGCAGUUGAGAUGACUCUGAGCAUAGAUUUUCUUUAGCCUGACAAACUAAUAUAUUACCGCUGUGUUCCAAACAGGAUAAAUCCUCCUCUGAAGGGCACUCUGUAGUGAGAACGAUCAUGGCUGAAGGGUUGUCCCAAAUUGAAGUGCUCAAAACUAGCCACAUCAAAGGGCCCAGAAUGAAGGAUUUCAAAGGGUUCAACUGAUGGACCCUUCACUCCCAUGAUUCUUCAUGCAGCACUAGCAAUAUCACACACAGUGAUGGAGACAGCACUUACAUGAAUGGAAUAAGGUCUUAAGAUGAAGGAGGGUUACAGAAUUACAGAUAUAAGAGGGUUGGUGAUGAAGAUGAAGCAGGAAGACACAGGAACCCCCAUACAAGCAGUCUGGUCACUGGCCCCCUAUCGCUGCCUGUGGAGGCUGGCAUCAGGGCCAGCUGAUGCCACAGCAGAUCUGAGAAGCGCAGACAUGCAACUCAGCACUGCACCUUCAGUGGGUCGCAGGAGGAGAGGAAAUCCGGACAGCCAAGGUCUUCUAGGUGUGCUGAGUGUGUGUGCUACAUUACUGCAGUUAUGUGCUGGCUGUCCUUCAGAGUGUGUGUGUAACUCACUGGAAGCUAACUGCAGUGGGCGGAGUUUAAUAUCUGUGCCUGCUCUCACUACUCUCCCGGAGGGCACACAUACCCUCCUUCUGGCCAAUAACCGCCUCUCCACCCUUCCCGUCUCUGUCUUCGCCAAUCUAAGCACCCUGAAGACACUUGACCUGUCCAAUAACUAUCUGGACAACCUGCCUUCCAGACUGUUCCGUGAGCUGAAUAACCUGAGCAAUUUGAGUUUGCGUAACAACAGCCUGACGGUUUUGGAUCGCGAGUUGUUUCGCGGCCUGACCCAGCUGCGGAGACUGGAUCUGUCUCUGAACGGCUUGGCCGCUGUGCCGCUGGGCCUGCUGGAUGAGCUGCAAGGGCUGACCUGGCUCUCCUUGGCUGGGAACAGACUUCACGCUCUGGAGAGACCCACAUUUGAGCCUCUCGUCAACCUUCAGCACCUGGAGCUGGGCAUGAACCCCUGGGAGUGUGACUGCAACCUGAGAGACUUCAAACACUGGAUGGAGUGGCUGAUAUAUCGAGGCGGUAAUGUCGAUGCCGUUGAGUGUACACUUCCGAAGGACUUAAGGGGUCGUGACAUCAGGGGCGUUCCUGUGGAGAUGUUCAACUACUGUCUGCAAUUGGAGGAUGAGAAUGGGGGCGGGGCUGGGAGCACAAAGGGUGGAUCUCCACCAUGUUUUCGAGGGACAGCCACUCCGUCGUCUGAAGGUGCAGUGGUGCGUACGGAAGCGGAGCUACCAGACUGUGUAAAGCAUCGUUAUCGGCCGGUCAGUGUUCGCAGGGCGAUCGGUACAGUAGUGAUCGCUGGUGUGGUCUGUGGAAUCGUGUGCAUUAUGAUGGUAGCUGCUGCAGCGUAUGGCUGCAUUUAUGCCUCACUUAUGGCAAAAUACCAGCGAGAGCUAAAGAAGAGGCAGCCGUUGAUGGGUGACGCAGAGGCAGAAGCCGAUUCGGAGGAGAAACAGAUCUCAUCAGUUGCAUAGGGGAAUGGAGAGAGGUGUCAGAGUUCAGAGGUCAGCCACAAAUAUAAAGAGCCCUUUACUGGUUGAGCUGCACAUUUGAUGAUCAUUUAGCUGACCAGCGGAGGAUUCAUUAUCCCUGUUUCCUGUCUCUCGGCCCUUCCUGAGACCCUCUCUGACUCUCAGACUUAACACUUUACUCAAACUCUAAACUUUGGCCUAUGACCUUUGACCUAUUUGCCCCAGGACAAGAGGGACCACUCAGCACUUUAGAACUCCCCCACCCUUCUCCAGUGUUGAGAGGAUCUCAGCAGAGGAGGCGUGGAUGCAGCUGUUCACAGUUCUGAACCAUGAUGUUUCUAGAGGAUCAUGUACUGUCAUUAGCAUUAGCCUCUGUAGCAGCCUAACCAUCAACCAAAACCUCCAAAUCAUAACUCUGAUCACAACCUCUCAAAACUAAUCCAAGCCCCCAACUCUAACCCUAAGCCUUUCAUGCUAACCCCAACCAUAACCAUCACCUCUAACACUGUCUACACCGGGUCGCACAUGCAAGUGGCACAUCCCAUCAAAAGCCAGUAACACUCAUUAUAAUCAAUACUGUUAACUAGGGAUGUGGCCGAAUAGUGAAUCCGUAUUCAGAAAGGCACGGAAGACGAAUAAUGCAUUCUACGGAGCCACUAAAGCAGUGGUGUCCAAACUCUAACCUAACCCCUAACCUAACCGUAAAUUUAUGCCCCAAUUUCUGACAUACCACAUGGGCUUGUUCUACUUCCGAAAAAAAGGACAGAUUGAUUUGGAAUAUUGACUUCAAAGUGUAAACAGCCUUAAUCUUGUCAACUGUUGUGCUUGGUGUAGACGUGGUGUAAUCCUAAACUUCCAACUAUACUACCAAGCCUAACCUACCACAUCCAGUUCUACUCCCAAACCUUAUCCCCAAACCUCCAACAGUAACCCCUACCCUUACCAUAAACCUCCAUCACUAAUCCUAACCCCCAACACUAAUCAAAACCUCCAACACAAAUCCCUACCCUUACCAAAAGCCUUUAUCACUAAUCUGAACCCACAACCAUAAACAACCAAAGGGAAUCUCUACCCUUACCAUAAAUCUCCAUCACUAAUCCAAAAUCCAACUCCUACCCUAAACCUUCAGCUCUACUUCCAACCCAAACAUUAAACCCUCAACACUAACUCUAACCUCCAGCACUCACCUCCAACCUUAAUUGUAACCCUUAACCCUACCCCAGUGUGAACUGAACAUCAUAACCCUCACAUAUCAUAUUUGAAAUAUUCCCACCUUAUUUAUCAGCUAUAAUAUAUUCUAUACGAUGUGAUGUGACCCCAGUUUUAUGUUUUUAAGUGUAAGGUUUGUCCUUUCUAUCGUGUGAUAAUAAUUUUUGUUGAUAACAUUGUUUUGUUUGUUAGCUGUUUCUCCAUGUUCAGAGGCCAGAUGUGUUUUUGUAAGACUAGAAGAAUCCAGCCCUGGUGUCUGUCGUGAAGUGUCUUGAAGUAUCGUGAAGUGCUAAUGUAGAGCAGGUUGGGGACUCUGUUGAUGUUAAAGGAGGGUGGCAGAUCCUGGUUACUGGAACUGUUUAUUACACCUUGGUGGCUGAAGAAGCACAGUGGCCCUAUUUGAUAGCUGCCCUCAAAAGAAAAACAGAAAGACAAUAGCUAAGAGGGAAAUGAAAAGGAUAAGAAGGAUAGUAUAAGAAGAUAGUAUUUUCUGUGCAAUAUAAAUCAAUGUCUUUCUUGAUCGGUUGUUUCAUUCUGGACUAGGAUGUCAUAGCUGAUUUUCUGAUCUUUUCUCUCGGGCUGGCGAUGGAGGAGAAUCGAUUGCGCCUGUGUGAUCAAUUUUCUGCUUGUGGACCAAUUUGCAUAAUCCGCUUUUCCUUGAGGGCAGAAGUUGUUUAGACUAAAUCAGAUUCAUUUGACUUGAGCUUUCAGAAGCCGACAGAUAUUAUCAGUAUAAGCUUUCAUGCGGCAAAUCAAACGCAGCGACUGCAUGAAAAAGGCAAAGACUGUCACAAACCAGCAUCACACCGUAACCAACAUAUUCAUUUCCUCAGUAUUACUGAAAAUUUCGAAUCAGAAAAUAACGUUGCUAAAUAAUGUCAACAUGAGGAACAACGUCAUUGGGUGGUUUGCACAAUGCUGCCAUCUAUAGGAAGGAUGUGCAGUAGGCACAAGGGAUGUGGAGCAAAUAUCACACCACCUCAUCAGGAUUUAGGAGAUGCUGUUCCAUUGUAACUAUAGCAACAGUCUUUCCCACACAUUAUUCAUUACCAAUGCAAAUUACUGGUAAGGUUGCUGGCAAAAAGUUGUAAAUCAAAAGUACAACUAAUUUAUGUGCGAAUACCCACACCAGCACUUAAGGAUCUAGGACUUUGUCUCGGUGUUCAGUGAUAUUUGCAGCCAUAUGCUGAUUAUAUAUAUAUAUAUAAGUACAGAUAUACAUUUAUUCAAAUGUAUGUUGAAUAUAUGUAUAUAUUUUAAUCUGUGUCUUACAAAUUACUUAUGAACAAUAACUUGAUUGGAAAAAUUGAGUAUACGUUUCCCUGUGUUUUCUGUGUAAACUCCUUUUGUAGAGGAACUCUUAAAGAUUCUCUGUUAGAGAAUUCAGAGAGAACUCAUGAAUUAUUAAUGAGAGGAGUUUCGUCUAAUGGCUGCGGUCUCUCCUGCCAUUACGGUUCAUUUAGCUCUUGUUUUAUACAGCAUGUGUCAAAGGCCUGUACUCUGCACGGGGCGACAAAACACAAACCCUGUAUCCUCUGUUCUGAAGAAAAAAGACAAAAAAAAACAAAAAAAAAAAGACAAAAGCACUUUUGCCACUGCUGGACUAACACUUUCCUGUCAAAUUGCACUUAUUGCAAAUAUUCUCAAAAGGGAUCACAUGCUUGUUUAUUGACAACGUCAGCGAUGUGCUUUAUCUGAAUAUUAGCCGACAGAGCAGUCAUGAUGUAAUUUCAGUGGAUAUAAAGGGCGGUUUAUAAAUGAGCAGUGACCCAGCUGGGGUGUCUUUACUCUCUGUCCUGGCUUUACAUUUAAGAGCAGAGACACCACACCCUCCACUACGCACCCUCGCUAAAUAAAGGCUUUAUAAAUCCCAAAUGAUGAAUGAGUGGAAAGGAUUUGCCCAUUUGACUGAGCUGAAAGCAUCUCCAAGAUCUUUAUGAAGUUCUGGUUUAAUAUGUUAUAGCUUAUUGAUGUGACCCUUUCUUCACUUGACCUUUUUUCUAAUACCGAUAUGAGAUCCUCCUUUAUAUUUUCGCUUGAUAAAAAUCCGUUUGAAAUAUGAUUUGUGAGCUGUGAUAUAAUUCUGUGUUAUAAAUGAAUAAAGAAUGUAUUUCC